ACUAACCCAACCCAUGCUCCGCCCCCAUUCCUGACGUCAACAUCUUGGUGGGCGUGCACUUUUUUUGAUUGCUCCGCUAGGAUUUCGCGUCUUUGCUCUUCGAGAGCGUGGGACGUUUGUGCGUGCGUAUCCUUCCGCCCGUUGCGCGAGAUUUCGGUGCUGAGGCUCGGCAGGUAGGCCGCGAGAAGAACAAUAGAGUCUCUCGGCGGAGGCGGGAAAUUCUUCUCGUGCGCACGCUCCUUGGAAAGGAAAAAAGAGAGAUAGACUGACCAACAUGUCGGUAGCUGCAGCGCGUGACAAGCGGAGCGUCCAAAGCACCGACAAUGGCAAUGGAGGAAGCGGGGAACCGGACGGGCAGGAGCUACUGGAGAACUGCGGUGUGUGCAAAAACCAACUGCGGGCGGACACGGAACCCCAGUUAUUGCCCUGCCUGCACUCUGUGUGCCGGGACUGUCUCCCGCCUGCGACCCCUGCUCCUGAGCUGCCCAGCAACAGUGGAGACAUGGCUUCAGCAGUAGUCAAUUGCCCCGUAUGCAAGCACCAGUGCUUCCAGAAGGACAUUGUUGAGAACUACUUUCUGAAAGUGGAUCCCUCCUCUGAACCUGUAACUGAAACAAUUCAGAGAUGUACCAGCUGUGAUGACAAUACUGUGGCAAAUAGUUACUGCGUGGAGUGCACAGAGUGGCUGUGUGAGACCUGUGUGGAGGCACAUCAGCGAGUGAAAUACACAAAGGAUCAUACCAUCAAAGUUAAAAGUUCUUCCAAAAAAGAAGCAGAGGGAACAGUUUAUUGUCCUUUGCAUAAAAAUGAACCUCUCAUGCUUUAUUGUGAAACCUGUGAUACUUUAACGUGCCGGGACUGCCAGCUACAGGGACACAAAGAUCACCAGUACCAGUUUGUAGAGGAUGCUGUUAAAAAUCAAAGAAAGAUACUUUCUGCUUUGGUCAAGCGGCUGGGGGAAAAGCACACUUCUCUACAGAAAUCUACUAAAGAGGCUCGAACUUCGAUUCGUCAAGUGAGUGAUUUGCAAAGGAGACUGCAAGUAGACGUAAAGAUGGCAAUCUUGCACAUAAUGAAGGAACUUAAUAAACGUGGAAAACUUCUAGUGAAUGAUAUGCAGAAAGUCACAGAAGGACAUCAGGAUAAACUAGAAAAGCAGCACUGGGCUAUGAACAAGUUGCAGAAGCAUCAAGAGCACAUCCUUAGGUUUGCUACGUGGGCCCUGGAAAGUGACAACAACACAGCCUUGUUGCUUUCAAAGAAACUGAUACAUUUUCAGUUGCAUCGUGCUCUAAAAGUUAUUGUUGAUCCGGUUGAGUCUUUGGGUGAUUUAAAGUUCCAGUGGGACGCUGAUACCUGGACAAAACAUGCAGAGUUUUUUGGUAAAAUCGUAUCUGACAAAACAGGUGUUCUUCAGUCGUCUUCUGGAUCGUUGGCAGCCCAGUCUAUAAAUUCUGCAUCAUCUCAGGUGCUGGCUCCUCUUACUAACUUUAAUCCAAUGGUACAGAAUCGAGCAAGGCCUGGUGCUUCCCUCAAUCAAGCAUCCCCAGCCAGAGCUGGUACAGCUGGCAACUUCAUCCAGCCCAUGCAGCAAAUGGAUGAUUUUGGCUCUUCUGCAGAGGGAGUAUCUUCUGGAUUUGAUACACUCAUUGGCCAGAAAAGAGGGCGUAGUUCCGAAGGGGGUGUAAAUGAACUUUUAAAGAAAGUUCCUCGUGUCAGCUUAGAGCGCUUGGAUGUGGACCUUAAUCCUGACACUCAGCCACCAGUCUUCAAAGUUUUCCCAGGAAAUACAAAUGAAGAUUAUAAUUUAAUUGUAAUUGAGAGGGGGAAUCUUCCUGGAGAAGCAGUUGUGAAGGAAGAAGCCAUGGAAACGGGCAUCCCUAUCCCUACAACUGACCGCUCUGAAAAGUCUUUGGUCAUUCGCCCAGACGGCUUGACAGAAACUCUGCCUCCUGCAAUCCGCCCGCCUAGUGCAGCUAGUGAUGCGGCUUCCUCUGAUUUUAAAGGAGUGAGCAGCGGUGGAUUAUAUGAAGGGGUCAGUGGUGCCCGUUGUAAAGUGUGUCAGAAGGAAGGAGUGCUGCUCACAUGUGGCCAGUGUAGAAGCCUUUUCCACAGAGACUGCCACCUACCAUCAGUCAUGGAAAUUACAAGUGGAGUGUGGAAGUGCAUGUUAUGCCAGGAUCUCACCUCCAAAAAUGAUCAACCACCUGUAGAUUCCAGUCGUCUGUCUCCAUCUGAUCAGAAGAAAUGUGAACGUCUGUUGUUGGAAAUGCUUUGUCAUGAGCCUUGCCGGCCUUUCCACAGGUUAUCCUCGGGUUCGGACAACGAUCCUAUGAUUGACCUAACACUUAUUCGUGCCAAACUGCAGCAGAAGCGAUCCCCUUCCUAUAUCACACCUGAAGCUUUUGUUAGAGACGUGUGGGUGAUGUUCAGAAACGUGAGCAAACUUGCAGAGGACAAAGCGGUGGUACAGUCGAUCAUUGAGCUGCAGUCUUUCUUCGAAGCAAGACUCAACCAUCUUUUUGGAGACCGCAAGUUCUCCUGUCUCCUGAGGGAUUUUUUAAGCGAGUCUGAGCAGCAAAGCGGUACACAAAGAAGUUCCCCAAUGAGCACAACCAGCGAGAGCCUAUCAUCUGUCAGAAACAACACUGGGCAGGAUUAAGAAAACAGGACUGUCUAUUCUAAUGGUUUCAGUCAAGAGGAUGUGUUUGUUUUAUUUCACAUUGUUGGGUCUGUGCACAUGACAAAUUCCAGUAAAUAUGUUUCCUGCUCCUCUUCCGACUCCUUGGUUCUGUUUGGAUAUUAAAUAUGCAUCCUAAGGAUUGGGAGGAACAUUAAUAUUGACAAGUGCUGUACAAAAUAGUAAGGUUAAAAAGGUCUGAAUUUCUCGAACACCUUUUAAAAAAGAAAUGUCUUUCAUUUUGUGAUAUCGUUCACCACAUUAUUUUAUUUUUGGUUAUGUAUAAUAAUGCAUCUUCUUCCCAAAAGGCUACUAAUGCAUUAUGGCAAGGUUUAUGCAAUGGUUCUAUCUUGCAAUAUGACACUUUUAUAAAGGGGGCUUCCUUUAUUUUGUUGUGCACCAGUUUGCAUUACUCUAUGUAUUAAAGGAUGAAAAUAGA